GCAGUUUAUUAUUUUUAAGAAUUUUUUCUUAAUUCUAUUCUAAAAGUCAAGCCGGCCAAAAUAAGAAUUUUAGUAUACAUUCAUAAUUGCCUACAUACACUAACUUACAACCACUGCCAAAGUAACAAAUUUAUAAAUAUUAAUAAAUAUAAUUUACAGUAUAAAACAAAAAAACAAAGUGAAAAUCAUAUGUUGGUUUCUCUAAUGUUAUUGAAUGCGUUAACAUAUUUUGAUUAAAUUAAAUGUUCUUGGGUUAUUAAUUAAUAAACACUUGUGCUUUUUCAAUACGUUUCAAUCAGAAAAUAUAUAUUUUUUAUAUUGCAAAAAUGGCUUGGGGUUUUGUAACUUGUGGUCCUAAUGAGGCUCUAGUAGUAUCAGGAUGUUGCUAUAUGAAACCGUUAUUGGUGCCCGGCGGUCGUGCUUUUGUUUGGCCAUCCAUACAACAAGUUCAAAGAAUCUCUUUGAACACCAUGACUUUACAAGUUGAAAGUCCCUGUGUGUAUACCAGCCAGGGUGUACCAAUAUCGGUUACGGGUAUUGCCCAAGUAAAGAUCCAGGGACAAAACGAAGAUAUGCUGUUGACGGCAUGCGAACAAUUUUUGGGUAAACCCGAGUCGGAAAUACGUCAUAUUGCACUAGUAACACUGGAGGGUCAUCAAAGAGCCAUAAUGGGUUCAAUGACUGUUGAGGAAAUCUAUAAAGAUCGUAAGAAGUUCAGCAAACAAGUGUUUGAAGUGGCCUCAUCGGAUUUAGCAAAUAUGGGUAUAACGGUGGUAUCAUAUACCAUCAAAGAUAUUCGUGAUGAAGAGGGAGAAGCAAAGGGUUAUCUAAAAUCUUUGGGUAUGGCUCGUACUGCUGAGGUAAAGCGUGAUGCUCGCAUUGGUGAAGCCGAAGCCCGCUGUGAAGCCACUAUUAAGGAGGCCAUUGCCGAAGAACAACGCAUGGCUUCGCGUUUCCUCAACGACACCGAAAUUGCUAAAGCACAACGUGAUUUUGAAAUUAAAAAAGCCGCUUACGAUGUCGAGGUACAAACGAAAAAAGCCGAAGCUGAGAUGGCGUAUGAAUUGCAAGCAGCCAAAACUAAACAACGCAUUAAGGAAGAACAAAUGCAAGUUAAAGUUAUUGAGCGUACCCAAGAGAUUUCGGUGCAGCAGCAGGAAAUCCAAAGACGUGAAAAGGAAUUGGAAGCUACAAUAAGACAACCAGCUGAGGCUGAGAAAUAUCGUUUAGAAAAAUUGGCCGAAGCUAAUAAAAUGCGCAUUGUCAUGGAAGCUGAAGCCGAAGCAGAAUCGAUUAAAAUACGCGGUGAAGCUGAAGCUUUUGCAAUUGCUGCUAAAGCCAAGGCUGAAGCUGAGCAAAUGGCCCAAAAAGCUGAAGCCUGGCGUGAAUAUCGUGAAGCCGCUAUGGUUGAAAUGCUUUUGGACACAUUACCAAAGGUGGCCGCUGAAGUUGCCGCACCCUUGUCACAAGCAAAGAAAAUCACCAUGAUUUCUAGUGGUCAAGGUGAAAUUGGCGCUGCAAAACUUACCGGAGAAGUUUUGCAAAUUGUUAACAAAGUACCAGAGUUGGUUAAGAAUAUCACUGGCGUAGAUAUUGCCCGGUCUGUGCAUGCGGCUUAAUUAGUUUUCUAAAUUGUGUAUUUCUUUUCAAAACACAAUUUGAAAAAAAAAUUUGAAAUUAAAUUUUAAAUUUACAAAAAA